AUGACAGGAAAAGCUGGGGAAGCGCUGAGCAAACCCAAAGCCGAGACUGUGGCCAAGAGUAACUCGGGGGGGAACCCGCCCAGGUGCACCGGUUUCGGCAUCCAGGAGAUUCUGGGCUUAAACAAGGAGCCACCCAGCUCACAUCCACGGGCCGCCCUGGACAGCUUGCCUACGGGGCACCUGCUGACUGCCCGCUCGGUACUCAGCCCGGCCAGUGUGGGGGGAAUGGGGCUUCUGGGGACAGGGGGGCUCCCGGGCUUCUACACGCAACCCACCUUCCUGGAAGUCCUGUCCGACCCCCAGAAUGUCCACCUGCAGCCCUUGGGCAGAGCUUCGGGGCAGCUCGAUACCAGCCAGACGGCCAGUUCAGAUUCUGAAGAUGUUUCUUCCAGCGACAGAAAAAUGACCAAAUCUUCUUUAAACCAGACCAAGAAACGGAAGAAGAGACGACACAGGACGAUCUUUACAUCCUACCAAUUGGAAGAACUAGAAAAGGCAUUCAAUGAAGCCCAUUAUCCAGAUGUCUAUGCCAGAGAGAUGUUGGCCAUGAAAACAGAACUUCCUGAAGACAGGAUACAGGUCUGGUUCCAAAACCGCAGAGCCAAAUGGAGGAAGCGGGAGAAGUGUUGGGGCCGAAGCAGUGUUAUGGCAGAAUAUGGCUUGUAUGGAGCUAUGGUUCGCCACUCUAUUCCAUUGCCAGAGUCCAUCCUCAAAUCUGCCAAGGAUGGCAUCAUGGAGUCCUGUGCCCCAUGGCUACUCGGGAUGCACAAAAAGUCUCUGGAGGCAGCAGCGGAGACCGGGAGGAAGCCCGAGGUGGAACGUCAGGCCUUGCCCAAGCUUGACAAGAGCGAGAAGGAAGAACGGGGCCCUGACCCUCAGGCAGCCACCAUCUCUCAAGAGGAACUGAGGGAAAACAGCAUUGCUGCCCUCAGAGCCAAAGCUCAGGAACACAGCACCAAAGUGCUGGGGACCAUAUCUGGGGGGGAAGCCCUGGCUCGGAAAUCAGAGAAACAAGAGGAAGCGGAGGAGGAGGAGAGCACCCCCGAAGAGGAAAGGCAAACAGAGAGACCCCCACCACUGCAGCCAGAGGAGAAGAUGGGUUAAGUCGAGGGCAGCCCCUAAUGGGGCUUCUGCAGGACUCUUCUCCCCAGGGAGCCGUAGCCCUUGAUGUUUUCUUGGUAGGGGUAUCCUGGAUAUGGGGUCUCAAAGCCUGGGCAGUGCAAAGGGGCCUGCUCAUGUGGCUCCACCAGAGACUCUUCCCAACCUCACCCUGCACUCCAUAGACCCCCUCAGUAUCCCCUGUUACAUGGCACUGAACAGCUACUAUCUUAGUCUUGGAAAGAGGCUUUGGACCAUAUUGACCUAUCUCUCUCCUAUUAUCUCCUAUCCUCAAAAGACUCUCUCAUUACCCUUAAACCAUCCCUGCUCAACCUCUUUGCCUCCCUAUUUCUAGUAACACUUUGCUGUCCUAAAUCAUCCCUUCACUGUCUCUUUUGUAGACUUGAUUCUAAAGCCUCCUCCAGCAUUGCCCAUUCCCAUGCAGCUUUCCGGCCCCUUUUCAGAUCCAUCCUACUUGUUUCUGAAGACCUGUUGUGGUUUACAGUCUAAAAGAGACGGAAGAUCCAAACUCCUACUCCAGUACCCUCCACACACUAGCACGUAGGCACCUCACUCAGACUGCCCUUCCUUUGUAUCCAUCCCUACCCUAUAAGAGGAUCUGCUAUUGAGCAUCUGAGGUCCAUUUAUUUCUUAGUCAUUUAGGGGCGUGAAGCUCAUCCUUACACUUUUCCCAUUAUUGAUAUACUGAUUCCUACUCAAAACCUACCUCUCACUGGUAUGGACGUGUGGUCCUGUUUCCCAACCACUGUACCCUCUUAACCACUCAGAAUCCCUUUCCAGGCAUGCAGCGUCCAUGCUGGACACUCAGUCUUUUCUGUGACCUCCUAGUAAUGCUUCAUUCAUUCAAACAGCCCAUUGCUGUUUGCUGGGAGGAUAUGACUCAUCCCUUUCACAUCCCCUUCAUUUCCCCUGAUUCUGUUUAUCACAGGUACUAGCAUUCACCUUUGAUUUGGUUCAUUGGAGCCUCCAACUAUAGACCCUGCCACCUGGCUUGAGAAGAGAGUUAUUGUUCCUAGUCUCACCUCUCCCAGGUGCCUGCAGCUCCCUGUUCUGAUGGGGCACAUCUAGACCCUGAUCUUCUCAGAUGCCGAACACCUGUUUGGGGGACUCUGUCUGCUUUCCAAUCAAUUCAUGCAACAUUUGUGUAUUUUUUUUUAUUCAUUUAUAUAUACCAUUCCAAUGGGAGAGAGGCAAGCUGUAGACCUUAUGGAUAGAUAGUAUGUAUUAUCCCCCAAAGGCCAGACACAGUCAGACAAGACUAUUGGAGUUGAUCUCCACAAAAUAUACACCAGGGGUCAAUCUCAACCAGACAAUGGAAGCAAUCCCUGAAGAGAGUAUGCAGGAAAACUCAGCUGUGUCUUCUGGAAGUUGACUCCCAUAUGUAUGUAGUAACUAUCCCACAAUCGCAUAUACUUUUGAAUUAUGCAGUAAUAAGGCACUGGGGAGCCCAAAAGAAAUCUGGCUUUGGAAUUAAGAAGAACCAGGUUCAAAUUUUGCCUCUGACAAAUACCAGUUAUGUGAUCCACAGGCUCAAGCCUGCCUAACUUCUUGGUACCCCCCAGGAAAUUUUCUAAGAUUUUACUGCUUUAACAGAGACAAAAGACACAAACCCCAACUCCAGUACCCUCAACACUGUGACCACCUCACUCAAUCUGUCUUCCUUCUUUAGUAUCCAUCCAUACACACAUACACCUUCUAUUCUAGCUGAACUCUCCCUAGACCAUAGAUAAAAUGUAAUGAGAAGGACCCAGUUUCCUACAAAAGAAACUCUUGUUUCCCCCCAUCCCUCUCUUUCGACAAUACUCCCUGAAAAGAAAAGGUCCUAAGAGAAGGAGUCUUUGCAGAGUCUUUUAUGGAGUAUUGUUUUUACUUUGUAUCAAAAAGCUGAUCUGUUCUUCUCUCCCACCUUUCCGCUUGUCAUCCCCCUCGUCCUUGUCUCUGUUUGUGUUAGAUUAUAGCCCAUUCUCACCCCAUGUGUAAAUAUUGUACAUACAGUGAGAAAACAACUUGAUAUUGAAGUGUUUGAGAUAUGGAACUGUACCAACUGCUAGUAAUUCUGAAUCUGUGAUUUCUGUGUCAUUUUCUGUAAAGAUGCAAACAAAAAUAAAAUUGAAGUAAAGACAACAGGGA